AUGUCUGCCCCGAUCUACACCCCAAGCACCGAGUACGUGGCUCGGGAAUACGAUAUUAGUCACGCACAAUCUUCGUUGGGUCUUGUGCUUUAUGUUGUAGGAUAUGGCUUUGGGGCCCUCUUGUUUACAAAGCGGGCUUUUUUCUUGCGAUUUCUUCAAGGGUUUUUUGCCAGUGCAUCACUAACUACAGGCGGGGCUUCACUCGGAGAUGUCUAUGGUGCUACGAGCUUUCCGUGUGCCAUGUCGAUCUGGGCGGCAUGUGCCUAUUCAGCACCGACAAUAGGUCCCACCAUUCCAGGGUUCGUUAUCCCUGUUCUCGGAUGGCGCUUUUCCAUGUGGGAGAUCCUUAUCGCGGCUGCUCCAGUCUUCAUUCUGGUUUUUACACUCCCUGAAACAAGCGCCACGACAAUCCUCUACCGACGCGCGCGGCGGCUGCGGCAGCGAGACUGCAUAACUCUGUAUGUCACGGCCGGGGAAAUGGCCCAGCAAGGAGUCCGUUUUCCUCAAGUGGUUCAAAAUUCGCUUCUGAUCCCCUUUCGAAUCACUCUAUCGGACCCGGCUAUGUUGUUUGUUAAUAUCUAUAUCAUGUUGAUCUACAGUAUCUACUACUCAUUCUUUGAGGUGUGCCCCAUCGUAUAUGGUCAGAUAUAUGGCUUCAAUGCCGGAGAGAAAGGGUGUGUUUUUAUUGGUAAUACUAUAGGCACCGCCAUGGCGAUGCUGAUCUUGUUUCUUUACCACCAUUUUGGGCCUCCCGUCAGUCUGUCUCUUUUUGGGUGGACCGCUCAUCCCAGUGUACAUUGGACUAUCCCCACCAUUGGGAUGCUGAUUUACCCGGCUACCGUGUGUAUCCUGAUGCAGUGUCUCUUCUUGUAUAUUUCAUCGUGUUAUCCGCACUACCGAGCAAGUCUGUUCGCCGCCUCCGACUUCAAGCGCAGCUGCUUUGAGGCUGCGGCCAUUCUCUUCUCCAGGCCAAUGUAUGAAAAUGCGGGCGUCGGACCAGGGUGCAGUAUCUUGACUGGUCUGAUUGUCAAUUACUGCUUGACAAAUUGGGUUCCCAUUCAGUGCUUAAAGGCUCGAACUGGGUGA